AUGGUGCAAAUUUCGAAAUUUUGCAAAGAGUUAGAGCGUGCACAUGUUAUUACUAAAUGUGGUACAUUCUGUAACAGUAUUAAUGAUCGAAUAAUCAAUACAAAGAAGUCAUCAGCGAUUUGUUUUUCAGAAUUAAUCAAAGAAAAGUAUUUUAUUGAUAAAUCAAUCACAUCAUUGAAUACAUAUUUAUAUAUAAUAUGUCAAGAUUCAAUUGAUAUCCUUUCAAACUUUAUUGAAACAGGUAAACUUGAAUUUGAAGCAGAUGAGCCUCAUUAUCAUGAUAUAGUCGAAAUCGGCAAACAUUUUGGAAAUCAACUACUCAUACAAAUAUAUGCUAAACAUGUUAAAUCAGACAAAUCUCUCACAAAUGAAAACGUUUUUAAGAAGUACGAAAUUUCUGCUUACGAAAACGAUUCUACGACAAUAAAUGAAUGCAUUGAGUACAUAUCAUCACAUUUCUACAGUCUGAAAGAUGAUGAUAUCAUUACAAAUUUUGUCAAAAAUGGAUUUGAAUUUUGUGAAAAAAUUUUGAAUUCAAAAGAAUUGAAAAUCGAAAAUGAAGACAAACUAAGUUUGUUACUUUUAGAUACUUGCAGAAGAGACAGUACAUUAUUUGAUUUAUUUGGAUAUGUUAAUUUACAAUUUUGUUCUUCAGAAGUUUAUGACGAGAUUUAUAAUUUUUCAGUUGAAAACUCUUAUGAAUCAAGUCUUUUAACUAUUUAUAAUGAAACAUUGAAACAUUAUCAUUCAAAAUCAAUAAAUAAAUUUGAAAUUUCAAAUCAAACUAUUACAUCUUUCGAAAAACAUUUGAUUCAAAAUCAAUUUCAAAUCUCAAAUCAUAGUUUUAGUGUUGGUAUACCAAAAUUUGUAGAAAAAGUUUCAAAAGAAAUUCAAAUGCCAAUAACUGCUUCACUAUUUGUAGUGGAAAUUUAUCCGAUAUAA